UGAAUGCUCCACCAGUCUCCUGGGGCACAGCUGGACCUGUCCACUGCACACACAGGACUCCGAGGCUGCUCUGGCUUUGAAAUAAUCCUGCAAAGGGUUUUUCUCUUUCCUCGAGGGAAAGAAAGCCCAUUGAAAUAGAACCCAUUUCCCAUUAGGUUUUCCCCUGCUAAUGUCAUUCCAGUAGAGACCAAGUGAUGAUACAGAGGGGGAAGGAAAAAGUCGUAAGCUGAGCCUGGUCACAUUGCCCCUUGUGAUAUAGUUUUAUUUUUAACUUCAAAACACUUGAACUAUUUCUGUUUAAGUUUUCUCCCCUUCCCUGCCUUCCCAACAGAACUCUGUCCUCUGCUGCUGCGGAUACACCCAGGUAUCUCCCGGAGAUCUGCUUGCUCACCAUUGAGGCACACAGGAGCAGCAGAUGCUGACUCAGCCUGCACUGUUAAGAGUUAAGAAGCAAGAAGAAAUUGAGAAGCUAUGGGCAGGGUAYACAGGCCCCCACCUGGGCCACACAGGCAUUGUGAAGGAUGUAUCAACCGCCACUGCCAUGUUCCUGUGGAGCCCAACGUCUCCUGCCUGGUGAUAAGCUGCCACCUGCUCUGCGGUGCUACCUUCCACAUGUGCAAAGAGGCAGAGCACAAGCUCCUCUGUCCUUUAGAGCAGGUUCCAUGCCUCAACUCUGAAUAUGGCUGCCCCCUUUUAAUGUCCCGCCACAAGCUGGCCAAGCAUCUGCAGAUGUGCCCGGCCAGCGUGGUCUGCUGCUCCAUGGAAUGGAACCGCUGGCCAAACGUGGACUCAGAAACAAUCCUUCAUGAGAACAUCAUGAAAGAGACCCCCAAUGAGGAGUGUUUGGAUACAGCCCUGGCCCUCCAGGAUCAGAAGAUUCUCUUCGGAUCCUUGAACAUGGUAGAGCUUUUCCCAGAAACCAGAGAUGCCACAGAGGCGGAGCCAACCAGGAAUGGUGAUGCCAACUGGGAGGAAAUGGAAGGAGCAGUGGGAGGACCAGAUGCCAGUUUGGUACCACACAACGGUUUGUCAGCACCCAACGGGGAGAUGAAUGAGUUGAGUCAAGAAGAACGAGAGGCACUAGCCAAGACCAAAGAAGGGAUGGACCUGGCCAAGUUCAACAAGUGGGAAAACAUGUUCAGCAAAGAACAUGCAGCCUCUGCUUUAACUAGUUCAUCAGCAAAUUGUGAGARCAAGAGCAGGGAUGGUGCAGGGACAGAACAGAUUUCCGAUGGCAAUAACGUGGUAGAGGGAGAGGCUGCUGCCAAUGGCGAAGAACCACAGCAAGACCAGAAGCAGAGGGACUUUUCCGUAGAAAUGGAAAAGACAGGCCUUGCCCCCUGGCAGGAUGGUGUUCUGGAAAGAUUGAAAACAGCUGUAGAUGCAAAGGACUAUAAUAUGUAUCUAGUGCACAAUGGGCGGAUGCUCAUUCACUUUGGUCAGAUGCCUGCUUGUACCCCCAGGGAGAGAGACUUUGUUUAUGGCAACCUUGAGGCUCAAGAAGUUAAGACCGUUUACACCUUCAAAGUUCCUGUGAGCUACUGUGGGAAGCGAGCAAGAAUUGGGGAUGCCAUGUUGAGUUGUAGGCCAAGUGAACACAAGGCCGUAGAUACUUCUGACUUGGGGAUCACCGUGGAGGACCUGCCAAAAUCAGACCUCAUCAAGACCACCCUCCAGUGUGCUUUGGAAAGAGAACUCAAGGGCCACGUCAUCUCUGAAUCCAGGAGCAUCGAUGGGCUGUUUGUAGAUUUUGCCACACAGACGUACAACUUUGAGCCAGGACCGUUUUCCUCGGGGACAGUGCUGGCUGAUCUCCUGACUGCUGCCAACCCAGGGGGACUUCAUGUAGAGCUCCACAGUGAGUGUGUGACCAGGAGACACAACAAGAGUAGCUCUGCGUUUACUUUCACCUGCAACAAAUUCUUCAGAAGGGAUGAAUUCCCCCUGCACUUUAAGAACGUCCACACAGACAUUCAGUCAUGCCUCAACGGCUGGUUCCAACACCGAUGCCCCCUUUCCUACCUGGGAUGUACAUUUGUUCAGAACUAUUUCCGUCCCCCAGGACAAAAGGCCAAAGUGAUCUACAGUCAGAAGCUCAAGACCUUUGCCAUCAAGCCCGAGGUUGCUCCAGAGCUGAACGAGAGCAGGAAGAACAACCAUCUCAUAGAUCAAGGAGGAAAAAGCCAGAACUCUCUAACCAGCCUGCCCCUGGAGGUUUUGCAGUACAUUGCUGGGUUCUUGGACAGCAUCAGCCUGUCCCAGCUCUCCCAGGUGUCUGUGCUGAUGAGGAAUAUCUGUGCCACCCUGUUACAGGAGAGAGGGAUGGUCCUCUUGCAAUGGAAGAAGAAGAAGUACUCUCAUGGAGGCACCUCCUGGAAAGUCCACAGAGAGAUCUGGCAGUUCAGCAGCCUCUUCUCCCAAAUCAAGAGCUGGGAGUUUAAUGAAGUCACCUCCAUGUCUGAGCAUCUGAAGGCCUGUCCUUUCAACAUCAUAGAGCACAAGACUGACCCGAUUCGUUUGACCAGCAUGUGUCAGCCCCGUGAGCAGGCCCAAGAGAGCUUAGUCUCCACCUUUAGAACUAGACCACGAGGAAGACACAUCUAGAGAUUUGGAUGGCAUCAUUSUUGAAUUUUUCCUUGGAGUGAUUGAAAGCAGGACUGAGAAUGGUUUGAGAAACCCCUGCUGUAACUGCAUAUUCUGCUUCAUUGCAUGUAUUGGAACAUAUGAUGUCUUUCAAAACCUCAGCAAUUGUACUAGAUCUAAGAAUUUCCUAAGCGAUGACUUAUAUGAUAAUGCCACACUGUGACUUAGUUUUCUUUUUCUUUUUUCUAAAAUAGAUAAGUCUGAGGAGAGAAUAAGUAACUGAGGCUAUUUGGAAAGGAAUACAAGUCUUUAGGAAGUGAGAGAGCAAUGAAAUUCCGUAACCAACAAAAGCCCAUGAUUUUACACUGGGCUUUUUGGUUUACAAARCUUGCAUAUUGGCAGGGCAGACAGUGCAUGGACAGUCAGUUACUUCCUAGGGUGCAGAGUUACCUCCCAGGGUGCAGGGUGGAGGGCAUCCAGCUCUAAGGUUCUGAAGCUGGGCCUGUCUUGACAGUCAAGUUCAGGGUGACUUUUGGUCACCCUGAUGCCUCUAAACCCAAGUAGUCCCAACUCAUCCUAAUAGAACAGAGCCCCCUGGCUGAGCACAGCAGCCUGGAGGAUACCGCAGGCCCAAAGGUAAGGAGAUCACUGAGUCUCUUGUGUAGAUUCUUAGCAAGGUAUAGAAAGCCUUGAAAAACGAGGGAGAGUCCAGAGGAGACUCUGUAUUUUCAAAGAAAGGACAAAAGCCUCAAGCCUACUUUUGAACGUUUUUAAUAAUGAUUCAGAGUCAAGGUUGUUUUUUCCUGAGACGUAUAUUGUAGGUCUGGGUGAAGGAGAGCAUAGGCAUAGCCCAGUGCCACCCUAUAUCUGAAAUGACCUCCAUACAUGAUGCCAACCUCAGUGUCAUGCCAGGACACACAGGGAAGCUGAGGAGACUACGUGUUGGGUAAAGCCCAAACAAGACCCCCCACAGUUCCUGUGGCACUGGUCCGCAGGUACCAUACACCACUUGGAUAGUCCACUGGGGGCCCUAGAGAGAAAGACAUAUGAACACAGUGGUUCCUUGGAUUGCCCCAAGCUUGCUGGUCAUUCCUCCAG